UCGCCCCUCCAUCCAGCAUGCCGCCCAAAAAUGACGACAGAAGUAUCUCCGGACCUGACUGCAACACGCUGACCUUCCUCCUCGGUUCGUACACGUCUCUCACUGAGAUACAAUACACACGCUGACCCAUGCUACAGAACUCGUGGACUCGGUAUGGCCGGCAAGAUAUGCGAGACUACACCUCGCGCGGUACGAACAGGACGACACUGAGUAUUUUCGAGCCGCACUCCUUCGAACCGAUAACGACGCGCGUACUGGCCUUGGAUUCAUCCUUGCACCGCGAGUAGGGAGGACGAGGGCCGAGGCGUUGUUUGGGUUGUUAGAGGCGGUGGAGGAGAUUGCUGAGGAGAUGAUUAGGAAUGUGGAGAGGUUUGAGGAGGAUGAGGAGGAUGAGGUGGUGUUAGAGACUGUGGAAGUGGAGGAGGAGAUUCGACCAAAGGAGACGCGGGCCCGCAGAGCCAAGAAAGACGAUAAGAGAAGUGUCAGCCAACAGGAUACGGGUGGAGAAGAUGAGCUCGUGGAGGAGACAGAGGUCGUUCAGCCGAGACGUGGUCUUCGACCAAGGAAUGCGACGGGUGCGAAGACGAACGACGAUGCUGGGGAAUCAAACGGGUCGGGGAGUGAGGUCGUCGGCCGGUGCAGCAGGUCAGGGACUGCCAAACAGGCCAAUGCGGCUGCGGGAAAGGAAGCAGCUAAGAAAGAGAAGCCCAAGAAUGGGGGUAAGAAGAAGAAGGGAAAGCGCUGAGAGGAGAUAGGAGAGAUCCACUGUAUUGUUGAGCGUGGAUGACAG